AACUGACUCGUCUCUUUUCUACUGCAAUGUUGCUUAAUAUCGCUUAAUAAUGAAUUAUGAUACACACACACGACGACCUUUCAUCGAAUUGCCACGCCGCUAUGGCGCGCAGCAGUGUCAAAUUGAUCAAAGAAGGGCGUGGUCAUGGAGAAAAUCGAAAAUGGUGAGGAAGUGGGGCCGCGAUUAGAUAACAACUUGUUGUGCACGCAACUCGCGGGGUUUGUCUGCCCUUUUUGCACCGUCGGGCCUGGACAGAGCACCUAGGGCCAGCCGCACCCUGAUUUUUCGGAUGCGCCGCCCCUUCGAGUCGACUCCCGGCACAGGUGGUGGUCACGCAGGUCGGCGGUGCACGUGACUCUCACUCGACAGGGCCAUCCUACCCACCCACACCGACAGAUUCACGCUCUGCGGAUUCGCGGCGCCGACCCGGCGACUCCACCGAAGGACUUGAAAGAAGUUUCAGUAAUGGAUCCCGAGGAAAAGCCGCCCCUCCGGCACCUGUCCGAGGAGGAAGUUGAAAUUUUGCCAGAUUUUCCACCCGGACCGCUCGAUUCAUACCGGAAGCAGGCCACCUUCGACUGGAAAAAGUUGCGAUUGUUCAUUGAAAAUGAAGAUCUGCUUAAAUUUAAAAUGUCGGUCUGGAAAACCAUGGAGGCAGACCCCUUAUUCGAGCAGCCGAAUCAGUCGGUCAGCAUAGACGAAUUCCGCCGAGUGACAACAAACAGGGUGCAUCGGAUCAAGGAUUACAACUUCCUGACCGAAGAAGUCAUAAUGACAGACCCGAGAAAGUACAUUGUGCUGCUGGUGGCCCUGAAUCACUACGAUCCCUGCCUGAUGAUAAAGUAUGUAGUGCCUUUCCAGUUUUUCCUGAGUUCCCUUAAAGGGCUAGGAACCAAGAAGCACAUCAAGUUCAUCAAAAUGGCUGAAGACCGACAGCUGAAUGGCUGUUUUGCAAUGACAGAGGUGUCACACGGAACCAACACUAAAAAGCUUCGAACCACUGCCACUUACGAUCCUGCCACUCAGGAGUUCGUCCUGCACACGCCAGAUUUCGAAGCUGCAAAGUGCUGGGUGGGCAGUCUGGGUCAGUCUGCAACCCACGGCACCAUUUUUGCCCAGCUGGUGACGCCUGAUGGCGAGCACAAAGGCCUCCACGCUUUCCUCACCCCUAUCAGAGACCCGAGGACCAUGUUGCCCUACCCGGGGGUCAUCGUCGGAGACAUGGGCGAGAAAAUCGGUCUCAACGCCAUGGAUAAUGGUUUUGUGAUAUUUGAUAAAUACCGCAUUCCGAAAGACAAUCUACUCGAUCGGACGGGGACAAUGACCGAUGAUGGAAAAUACGUUUCUCCCUACAAAGAUCCUAACAAGAGAUUUGGUGCUUCCUUGGGCAGUCUUAUUGCUGGCCGGGUGGCCAUUGUCAAUUUUUGCACCAGCAACCUGCACAAGGCCAUCGUCACAGCCAUUCGGUACUCGGCCGUCAGAAAACAGUUUGGGCCCACAAACGAAGCUGAGCUGCCUGUCAUUGAGUACCAGUUGCAGCAAUGGCGCCUUUUCCCUUACUUGAGUGCUUCUUUUGUGCUAACUGCCUUUGGAGAUUUGGUAUUGAAAGAGUAUAUGGACAUGACCAUUGCCCUCCUCAUGGGGGAGGACAGGGAGAAGUUGGCUGAUGUCACGGUUGAGAUGCACGCUCUCUUAUCUUCAGCCAAGCCUCUGUGCAGUUGGCACACUCAGCAUGGAAUUCAGGAGUGUCGAGAGGCCUGCGGUGGCCACGGUUACCUCAAAGCUGCCGGAUUUGGCCAACUUCGCAAUGACAACGAUGCAAAUUGCACUUACGAAGGGGACAACAACGUUUUGCUGCAGCAGACAAGCAACUGGCUGUUGCAGUUGUGGGCCGAGAAAAAGCGAAACGGCAAGAACCGGAUUCAGUUCAGUUCGCCGCUGGGUUCGGUCCAUUUUUUGCAAGACAUCGACCGCGCCGAACAGCUCAGGUUCACGGCCAAAUCUGUUCAGGACCUUCUCUGUCCAGAACCUAUUUUGGAAAUGUACCAGUGGCUAAUGUGCUACCUCUUGGGUAAAACCGAGGCACUUCUCAAGUCAUACCAGGCUGAAGGAAAACAUCCUUUUACUGCUCGAAAUGAGUCUCAAGUAUUCCACGCUCGCACCCUAUCCUUGGCCUAUAUCGAGCACUACUGCCUCUUGCUCUUCUGGCGCCGAGUGAACGAACAGCCCCUCGAACCGUCUCUCUUCAAUAUUCUGGCCAAAAUUUCAACUUUGUUUGGCCUUUGGAGUAUUGAGCAACAUUUGGCCACCUUGUAUGAAGGCGGUUUUGCUAAAGGUCCUGAGGCUGCCCAGUUGGUUCGGGAGGCAAUUCUAGUUCUUUGCCGGGACCUGAAGGGAGAGGCUGUGGCUUUGGCAGAUGCCUUGGCACCCCCUGAUUUCAUCCUCAACUCUGCUUUGGGUCAUUCAGGAGGAGAGAUUUACAAAAAUCUGCAAGCAACCUUUUUCCAAAACGCCGGUGUGUUCGAGCGACCAAGCUGGUGGCAAGAAAUGGUGCCGAAAAUAGUCCGAUCGAAGUUAUAAUUUUCCCUACUUGAUUUCAAUUUCUUGUUCAAAGUGGCCUUUCAACUUUCAAAAUCCCUUUCCCGUCUUCUCUCAAACGUUAUAUAUUUUUGGAACUUGUACCUCAAUUACUUAAAAUCAGAUUCUGACUAAAUGUGCAUUUACUUAAGAAUUAACUUUUUGUAAAUGAUUCAGGGACCAUCUUUUGAAAAUAAUAUUUUACAACGACAACAGUUUGAUAAUUUGGUACUCUAGUGAAAUUUAAUUUCAAGGUUUAGUCAUUUUGCGCUUGUAAACCCAAAACCUGAAGGGUAUUCUUUUAAUGACUGUUGCUACGCUCUUCAUUAUUUUUGAAUGUUCAUCGAUUUAGUUUAGAUGGUCUAAUUUUACCAUUAGAUCACAGUCUAAUCAAAAUGUUAAUAAAAAUACUCAAAUUUAGUCAAA